AUGAUAACCGGAUCCUGCCUGUGCGGAAAUAUCCAGUAUGAGCUCCGCGGAGACCCAAUCAACACUGCCAUGUGUUUCUGCAACAACUGCCGCAAGUCUACCGGGUCUGUUGGAAUGGCCAACAGCUGGUACAGCAAAGAGUCUUUGAGCAUCACGAAAGGUGCCGAUUUGCUGCGCACCUACGAAGAUCAUGCUGUUGACUCUGGAGCGACAGUGGAGCGGUCAUUUUGCCCCGGAUGCGGAUCGCCGUUGAUCGCAGAGAACAAGAUCAAAUUUCCCGGCGCCGUGAUUGUCACGUAUGGCACCAUGGAGCUUGAAGAGGGACAGAAGUGGAAGCCGAAUCUGGAAUACUUUUGCAAGCGCAAGGCAGAGUGGUUAGGGACACCAGCGGAGACGGAGAAGUUUCAUGAGCUUUGA